AUGCCGUUCUGCCCUUCGUUUAGCGCAUCUCUCGUGUUUUAGUUGCUUUCGCUGUCCUUCAAGACCUCUCACGUCCUUCAGGAGAUAGGCGAGGAAUGUUAGGCUGCAUUGCUCGAGCCCACGUUUACCGGUAGACCAAGCUUCGACGCCGCCAGCAACAUGGAGGACAAUGUAGAGAUCCCGGAGGAGUCCAUGCGGCAUAUCGAGGCGCUGCUGGCAAGGCACCGCCCGGAUAUGAUCCAGAGAAUGUUCCAACAGGCUCUGGAGGGUCGCCGCAGCUCUGUCGCUUCCUCGCGCACCACGUCGUCAGUGUCCACGGCCUCCACCGGGUGGUCGUUUCGCUCCUCCGCGAACCCGUCGGUCCGCACGUCCACGACUUCGUCGUAUCAUUCGAAUCAUUCUCGUUUGUCGCUUGUAUCUAAUCUUUCGACUUCGACGCUUUCUAGCGAUAUAGCGCCGUCUAUCGCGUCGUCGACUUCCUCCCGUUCAACAAGAGCGCCCUCGAGGCGAGAGCCCCGCUCUUACCCCGCUGGCCUCGACCCGACGAGACCGGUACCCUCAGUGCUUACCCCUACCUCCGAAAUAAGUAGUCCCUUGGAUACCAAACAUGAGCCUGGAUUCACGCCGACGGAUGAGGAUAUGAGCAUCGCGUCGCUCCCGACGGAUAAAGGCCAGAGUCAGUCGGGCGACUCAUACAUGUUUUGCACAUAUUGUGCCGAGGGAAAGAAUUUGAAGACAUUCAAGGCCAAGUCCGACUGGAAGAAACAUGAAAUGAGAAUGCAUGAAACGGGAGAGGACUGGCCGUGCAUUGUGAACGGCUGUAACCGGAUUUUUGAUCGCCAAAAGGACUUCCUCAAGCACCACCAACGGUAUCAUUCAGGCCGUCCGCUUCCCUCAUUGACCGAUAUUGGCAUCACAUUGCUUCCCCGUCGUGUCUUUGGCUGUGGGUUCGACAAGUGCAAAGAGGUUAGCAUUGGCUGGGAUGAAAGAUGUGAUCACGUCGCGAAGCACAUGAAAAACGGUGCCACGUUCGAGCAGUGGAAGUACUCCAACGUCAUCCGCAAUCUCAUACGGCAGGAGGCAUUGCACGAGACAUGGAAGGAUAUGAUUGCGUGUCUGGACGAACGGCUUAGAGAGAGCCGGUCCCAUAUCAGCUGGUGCCCGGAUAACACGCGGAUACUGAGGCAGAAGCUGCAGUGCUGCGAUCUGCGACCAAGUCGAGAAGAAGUACUUAUUACGGCGCUGAGUCUCCGUUCCGAUAUUCCUCUAGACCCCACUCAACAGCAAUACCCGCCCGGGUUUGUCGUUCCGAGCAGAGAUUCCGUACCCAAUGUCGACAAGCUGACACGGGAGCAACGCAUGCACAUUCUCAUAGGCAACCCGAAUGCGACGCUUUCGAGAAGCCGGCUGGCUGCGGUAAAUGCCGCGCUACUCCGAGCAAGCAACAGCUCCGUGUCGAACGCCGCCUAUGACGACUGCGGCGCCUCACCUUUCGACGACAGCCCGGCCGUCGAUGCAGCUGGACGCCGCAUUAGCUAUAUGGACCUCGACACGACUGGAGACUUUUUGGAUCUAUCGCAACCGGCGAUCCCGGAUAUGAUGCCAACGCCCGGCCCGCAACAAGCCGUCAUGGAAGGCGAGCAGCAACAGAACGCGGGCGGCUUCGUCGACCCAGGCAAGCCACCUUCGAACCCGCUGGGAUGGUGUUAUCCAAACUAUUUCGACGCCGCGCCAUCCUUCGAGGAGUCACCCUACUACGACCGCCCAUCGCUCGGUCAGAUGAUAUCGAAACCACUGCACAAGAUCGGAAGCCGCCUAAGUAGAAAUGGCUCGCCAGCCUCUCGGCCGGCAUCUCAAACAGACCACCAAAUCGAUCAGCAAAUUCCACAAGCCGACAUGAGCCCUGAUUUCCCGAUACAGAGCCCACACCCACUUCAUCCGAUGAGCAGGCAAUACCCACAUCAACAACAGCCGAGCCCGCAUCCACAGCAGUACCGCAACGCCGUCAAUACCCAGCAACAACACCACGAGCAACUCCACCUCUUCACGACCCAAAGCUGAACGGACUUCGCCCCUUUGCAUAUCCCGCAUUUAGCAUGACGAGCGACGAGCGACGAGCUUCAGCAUACAGGCCCUGGUCU